GGUACAAAUCCAAUGCACUCUAACUUCCAGUGCGAAGAACCACGGCUCUGCGAUAUAGCGCUUUUAUCGAUGCGAUAAUUAAUUCAGUUCCCUCCUCCCCCUACCCCCCUUCCAAAGGCACCAAUAUCCACCGCUUUUUGCCCUCCCUUCGCAAUAAGAGACAACCGGCAGAGUGAGCGAGGAGGACUAACCCUGGCUGACGGAGCAGCGAAGCAGACGCGUCACUCACUCGCGGUACAUUACGCUUCGUGGCGAUUGUCGAUUAUCGUACAGUAGCGAGAGGAGCGUCACUUGUUCAGCGGAGGGGAGGAGGAGAGGAGGCGGUGAGAAAGUGUUAACGGAGACGGUGCCUGUGACUCCAGCGCCCUUUUAAAUUUGGUACAGCAGCGGGGGAUGCUGAACGCUGCCGCCCGGGAGAUGGCCGCCGCUCCGUCGGUCUCUGGGGGAUAACGUGCAGAGAAGGAGAGGAACUCUGCGUGUUUAGUACCGACGUGGCUAAUUUACGCGGACUGUAACUCCGUUGGAUUUUCCAAGAUGAAACGGUUGAAUGUGAGCAUGUAGAAGUGUCUUAUGUGUGUGCGUGUGUGUGUUUGUUUUGUUAAUAGAUGAACACCCUUUCCGAAACAAACUUACUUUCUGCUUUUGUUGCGCAGAAAUAGGCUGCAGUUUUACUGAGUAAAGUCGAUGUGGUGUCGUUGUUGCAACCAAGGGAAUUCACAGUGCAGGACAACUCAACUUUUCCCUGGCGCCAGUUCUCGUAACAUAACAUCAACAAUGUUAUGUAUCUGACAAUAAAUCGUUUAGGCUAUGCAUACAACCUUGACAUGCAUAUCUGGAUAUUCCAAGUCGGAAACACCGACUCCUAAUGCCCCAUUGUUGAGACGCGCUCAUACACACUGACGUUGCAUUGUUUGCCUGCAAAAAGGAUUGGAGGGUGCAGAAGGCAGUCAGCCUCUUCCAGACCGCUGCUUUCUGUUGUGGAUUUUCUCAGAUUGUGCAAGAACCACGCUGGAAAGCGCCCCCCAUGUGGCCGUCAGGAGUGGGUAGCAGGCAACCCAAUCCUCGGGAUUCCGCGCUUCGCAGGGCGGCCAUCAGCGGCAAUGUCCUUGCGCUCCCACCUUUCCACGUCCCCACUGGCAGGGCCGUCCGGGUCUUCAUCUGCGCCAAUCCCGACGACACGGAAGCGGAGCGGAACGCGCUGAAGGAACAUGUCUACCCCAAGUUGCGCGACUUCUGCCGGGAGAACUAUGGCGUCGAGUUCCAGGUGGUGGAUCUGUAUUGGGGAGUGGACCCUGAGGAAUGGGACAGCCCCGAAUUGCAGCGUCUGCGGAUGAAGCUUCUAGAAGACUGCCUGAAGACUUCGGCGGGUCCAUGCUUUGUUGGUCUGGUGGGGGAGAAGUACGGCAGCAUCCGCGUGCCUGGGGAGGUGGAGUCGGCCGAGUUCGAGAUGAUCCUGGACGCGGCGGUGGAGUCGGCCCUCGACACGCGCCUCCUGGAGGAGUGGUACUGCCGGGACGAGAAUGCGGUGCCGCCCACCUACUACCUCAAGCCCAAAGCCCAGAUGCUCAAGAACUAUCAGAACUCAAUGGAGUCGAACAGUGCCGCCAAGACCAAGAACGACAAAGCGUGGCGUGGCGUCUCGGACGAGAUCAAGAAGAUCUUCCGCGCGGCCGUGCUGCAGUUGCAGGAGAAGGGAACCAUGAAGGCUCCUCAGGCCAAGAAGUUCCUCUGCUCACCCCUGGAAGACGAGCUGGACUUCGCUCUGGGCAAGCAGACACCGGCUUUCCUGAAGAAGUGCGUGUGCUACAUCCGCAAGAUUGCCAACUUUGAACGCCACGCCAAGCUGCCCGAGAUGGCACGCUACAUGGACAUUGUCACCGACGCCGAGCACGUCAUGCGCAACCAGGAGGCUUACGAGCGUCUGCUCAAGGUCCGCGACGAGUUCAUCCCCACCGUGGUAGCGGCGUCCAACUUGCGCGUCUACUCCUCCGUCACACACUGCGACAUGAAGAUGGGCUACUCCCAGGAGGUGGAGAGCCACUAUGUGGAGGGCCUGUGCAAGCAGUUCUACGAAGACAUGGUGGACAUCAUCCAGGCCACGGUGCAGCAGAACUUCGACGCCGAGACGGACCCGCUGUACGACGAGCUCCUGCAGCACCUGUCGCUCUGCAAGACCUUCUCGUCCAUCUACGAGUACAAGAGCGAGGCGCUGGACCUGGUGCAGGAGUACCUCUACCCAGUGAAGGGGACGCGCAUGAGCCCGCUGGUGGUGUUUGGGGGACCCUGCACGGGGAAGACGCUGCUACUCUCCGAAGUGGCCAAACAGGCUUACACAUGGCUGCAGAAGGAAAUGGGCCCAGAAACCGACCCGGUCAUCAUCGUUCGCUUCAUCGGCAGCACUGACUUCUCCACAGACCUACGCACCCUGCUGCAGAGUAUCUGCGAGCAGAUCGCCAUCAACUACCGCUGCUUGAUCCACUUCCUGCCCCAGAAGAUCCAAGAGAUGAAAGAGCUCUUAGUCAACCUGCUGGGGGAGUCGUCCUUCCACCGACCCCUGGUCAUUGUCUUGGAUGCACUGGAGCAGCUUUCAGAUGCAGACGACGCUCGGAAGCUGUGGUGGCUGCCCGCACAUUUGCCCCGCACCGUCCGGAUUGUGGUGUCUACCUUGCCCAACAAACAUGGCAUUCUCCAGAAGCUACACACCCUGAUCCACGAUGAUUUCCGGUACGUGGAGUUAACCCAGCGUGACCGUAAAGCCUGCAGCCAGACACUAAAGCAGCAGCUCCUCGGUGUCAAGAGAAAGGUCACCUCAGGCCAGCAGAUCUACGUAAACGAGGCGCUGGCAAAAUGCACUCUGCCUAUGUUCGUAAAUCUCAUCUAUCGGGAGGUGGUACACUGGCGGUCGCACAAAGAUGUGGAUGACACAUCAUUAAGCUCCACGGUGCACGACAGCAUCGAGCGUCUCUUCUUCUCUGUGGAGGACAAGCUGGGCUCUCGAUUUGUCUUCCGGGCAUUGGGCUACGUUACCAUGUCCAAAGCUGGACUGACAGAGAUGGAACUUGAGGAUAUUCUCUCCUUGGACAACAGUGUCCUGGGUGACAUCAUGGUAAGUUCCAACCUCAAGAACCCACUCAGGGUCUCCUAUGACCUCAUCGCCAGACUGAGGGAAGAACUUGAUGGCUAUCUGAUUGAACGCCAGGUGCGCAACGUGACUCUGAUGGUGUGGGCCAACAGGCACUUGCACCUGAUCGCACAGAAGCUGUACCUCAGCAACGAGGAGGAUGUCCACCAGAUGCACAGCUUGCUGGCGGAGUACUUCCUAGGGGCAUGGGCUGGAGGCAGGAAGAAGAUUUUCCAUUGCGACAACAAUCACUUUGCCCACUUUUCCCACCACAAGAACCCACAGCAGCCCCACAAUCACCCCCACCAACCAUCACAACAUGGCCAUGACAAAGGCAGUGCCGAAAAGCACUCCUACGACAGGCAGACUCCUGAACAGCCCUGGGUGUUCCAGUGCAACCUCUUGGAACCAGACAUCUUCUUUGUCAACCACAGGAAGAUGACAGAACUGGUAUACCACUUGACUCGGAGUGGGCGCACUGAUGAUCUAAUGUAUGGGGUCAUCAUGAAUUUCAGCUGGCUCUACACCAUGAUCAAAAUAGGACAUUUUGACAAGGUGCUGACAGAUAUUGACCUAGCUUACAGUUACUCGCAGGAAAAAGAGCUGAAAUUUUUGGCCACAACACUGCGCAGCAUCAAGGUCAAGGUGACACGGAACCCGGCGUCCUUGUCCGCAGAGCUUCAACAGAGGCUGCUUCCUGUGGUGACUUCCCUACCCAAGCUACGGCACCUCCUGCUGGAGUGUGAUAAGGACGGCCCCAAAUACUGCUCCAUCGUUCCCCUUCACUCGUCCAUGGAUGUCACCUAUAGUCCCGAGAGGCUGCCUCUCUGCUCCAGCUACAUGCAGAUUGUGGAAGUCCUCCCAACGCUGGCCCCCAACAUUGUCAUUGUGGCCUUGGAGGACGGCUCUGUCAGCACGUGGGAUGUGGAGAGCAGACAGCUCCUCCGACAGAUCGACACAGCGCGUUCCGUCGUGCUUGGUAUACGCCUCACCACCGAUGAGAAGUACCUGGUGGUGGCGACCACUAAGAACACUCUGCUGAUAUACGAUAAUCACAAGUCCUGCCUGCUCUCGGAGGUGGAGGUGAAGUGCUCCAAGCACUGUGGCGUCACCGGAGGGGUUGCCUUCAUCAAUGGGUUUACAUUAUCCAGCCAGCAUGCCCUGGCAUGGCUGGAGGCCAGCAAGGAGGUGAAUGUCAUUGACUUGGUGUACGGUUGGCCAUUAUACCAGUUCCACUGCUGGUAUGAGGUCACGUGUGUGCAGUGCUCCCCUGACGGCAUGUAUGCUUUCUGUGGGCAAUACCUCAACACCACGACCAUCUUCCACUUGGGCAGUGGGGACAAGCUGGCAACCAUGACAUCAGAGUUUUCGGGUGGUUUCGUGAAGUCCAUCUUGGUGCUAGACACCCUUAACCAGAUGGUGAUGAUCGACAAUGAAGGGAGUCUGUCAGUGUGGAACACAAAAGAAGUCACAAACCCCCGGCUCAUGGAGGACUAUGAUUGCAGGGGGGACGACAGUGAAGUUGUCGGAAUUGAGCUUUCUGAGGACCAACGCUCCAUUCUCAUCUGCAAAGCCAUGAGCAUUGAAGUUCUGGAUACCAAAGUCUGGAAGAUGGUUGAGAAGUUCAAAGCUAAGCGCACUGAGCGAUUUGUGGCUGCAGUCCUCUCCAAAAAUGGCCAGAGUAUUGUUGCGUCCAUGGAAAACACUUCAUCCAUUUUUGUGUGGAGGAGGGACAGUGGCCAGUGUAUGGCUAGUCUAAUUGAGAUAUCUGGAGCCAUUGUGAAAUUAAUCAAGUCCACCCAUCAUAACCUGCUACUCUCUGUAGCCAGCAGUGGUGUGCUGUCAGUUUGGGACAUUGACAUAAUCACGGCCAUGUCAAACAUCGACAAGACAGGGAAACGCAUACAAAUCCUGCAGCUUACAGGUCGAGAAGACUUUGUCUUCACCAUGGACGGCUCAGAGUCCAUCCACAAGUGGAACUUCAGCACGGGCUUCAUUGAGAUGGUUUUCAAACACGAAGGCCUUGUGGAGAACUGUGUCCUUACCACCUCUGGUGACCUUAUGGUGACGUCUGAUGACAAGUCCAGCCAGUACAUCUGGCAAACAGCCACGGGGGAGAACAUCUUCCGCAUUAAUGGGCAGAAGAUAACACAACUUCUCAUCACCCAUAAUGACCAGUUUGUGGUCUCUCUCUGUGAGCAGAAUGCCUCGCGCGUCUGGAGGUUGGCCACUGGGCACAAGGUGUGCAACAUCCUGGUCACCCUCCAGCACGCGCUCAUCACCACCGCCAACACCUUCCUGGUAGGCUCCACCAAAAACAAGCUCCUCGCCGUCAGUCUUUGGUCAGGAAGUGUGUCCAAGAAGUUCAUCUGUGAUGACGGGAUUACUAUUGUCAACUUCAAGCUCAUCCCUGACUGCCCAGACUAUGUGGUCUUCAUCACGUCCACUGAGACUGUGUUUAUCUGGAGUGUGGCAGAUGAGUCUGUCUGCCGGCGCGUGCAGAUGCCAGCCAACUUCCUGAAGAACCUGGAAGAUUUCCAGAUCUCGCCCAAUGGCAAGCUCGGGAUUGUCUCCAAGGGUGAUGAGAACAUCAACGUCUUGGACCUCCACAGUGGGAAGCUUCGAUUGGUCCAUGCCGCUGGAGUCAUCUGGCGUCAGAAGCUCUCAAGGGAUGGCCGGUACCUUGUGUACAUCUGCUUCCGCAGCUGCGAGGAAGAUGACGAGGCGGGCGUGGUGUCCAACCUGAUUGUCAUGCGUCUGGCCGAUGGCAAGAGCAUCGGCACCUGUUCCCUCUACAAGACGCCCACCUUCCUGUGCCUCUCUCAGCGCGCGCUCAACAUCAUCGUGGGCUUCGAGGACGGCAGCAUCGGCACCUACACUGUGGUGGACCGGGUCGACGCAGCCCUCAAGAUCAAAAUUGCCACUUCCAACAGCCGGCAGAUCGUCAACAACGCUACGCAAAAGGUCCGACCCAAAUGCAGCACCCAUGCCUUCAAGACUGUAGCGGACUGCAUAUGGAGGGAGUCCACAGAGGUCUUCUCCAGGGAUAGCCCAAUCAAUCUGUCCGACUCGGGCGAGGCUGAGACCACCACGCCAACCAAGAAGAGUGAACUGCUUCAGUGAUGGUGCCCUCCUGCCGUCUAGACAGUGUUAGUGAUUAAGAGGGCAGCUAAGGGGGCAGCUGAUUCUCGUUUACAGCAACCUUAUGGCUCAGCUGCACCAUGUAGUCCUCUGGGCUAACUGUUACGCUGCACUUGAUCGUCACUUUUCAUUCACAAAAGCUAUUGUCUUAUUAUAUUUGUCAUCUGAAGACUGUUCAUGAAAAUAAUAUCUAAGUGAUGCUUUUUUCGUAUGAUUUCCAAAUAAAGAUAUAUAAUUACAUAUAAUUAUUAUUAUUGUAUCGUGUGGACACACACCCCUGGUAUUUACAUGACCAGAAUUUAGAAAUAUCUCUGUUGUUCCAAAAGCCAUUAUUUUUAUUUCAAAUGUGGUGAUGAAUAUCAUGCAUUUCAGAAGUAUUGUAAUGGUCUCAUGAAGCCAUACUGUUUAUUUAUACAGAUUCAUAUGUAGAUGUUAUUAUAUAUUUGUAGCCAUAAAAAAUUGCUGCCAUUUUUGCAUUUGUUUUAUAUUUAUGUGCGUUAAUUUCUAUAGACAAUGUCUCUGUACUGUACAAAACAGGAAAUUAUAAAUAUAUGUACAUAUCUAUUUUGGCUGCUGCAAAUUGUGCAACUCCUUAAAAUGUUAUGUUGUGCUUAAUGCAAUCAAAGUGAGUGCCUGGAUUUUAAAAUGUUUUAUUAUAUGUAGUAUCAUUUAUUUAUUUUAGGCGAUUAGUAUUAUUUACCUUUUGCAGAUUAAUUAUUAUAAAGAUGCAGGGAAUUUCUAAACAAAAUCUACUGAUACCUAGCGCUGUCGUAAUGACGGGCUUACAUUAGGAAUUCGGUUGAUACAAGAUAUCAGUGAAAACCAUCAUCGUCAUCAUCAUCCGUAUUCAAGGGGAAGCUCUUCGCAGCCAGACAAAUGAAAGGUCAAAGAUCAAUGUUUUGGGGGCAAUUCAGGUCAGGCUUGAGAUGAAAGCCUCGUAAAAAGCUGCAGAUUAUGCCCGACUUGAGGUUUGAGAGGUCAAAAGUGAACAAAAGUUUUACUGUGCAUUAAGUGUAGCAUCUUACCUUGAGUAUCAACGCCUUAAAUGCUUUCUAGUUAUGGUCAGCCUAGUUCUAUGUCUUGAUUGCAUAACACCCUGAAUGCAGAUAGGUAGGAGAGAGAGAGAGAGACUGCGGUAGAAAGGCACACUUUACACCUCAUGUAGCAUGGCUAGCACUGUACAGGUGUGUGAUCUGUGAUCUUACAAAUGUGUUCAUUAAACUGCAUAUUGAUGUGUUCAGUCCGUUCGCCUCAUCCCUGCCUUCAGUUUGACAAUGCUAUGUUCAGAUUUGGAUUUCCCAGAACGUCUAGUUCCACAGACAACUCAAAAGCAGUCACUACUAUAGACAGCUCUGACUAGACCUUUCAGAUCAGUAAAAAAAAAAAACCUUCAAGGGCUAUUCCGUUAAAUUGUAUGUUUACCUCUUUGGUUAUUGAAACAUCAGCCCUACAUCAAUUCAUAACCUGUAGCAGUAUACAGCUUUAAAAACACGUUUCCCCCCCAAAGAACAAACAUGCUCUCCAAAUCUAAGGAUCUUCUAGAAUAUUUGCCAAAGUUCUUUACAAUAUAUAUUUUUUCUUGUUCAGUUCAUUCUGUUCUCUUCUGUUUUGUUCUGUUCUAUUAUGUUCUGUUCAGUUUUGUUUUCUUUUGUUUGGUUCUGAAUGUUUUAUUCCGCUCCCUCACAGGUAAUUCAUAUCACGACCAAAAUUGUCUUGAAUUUCUGUGUGUUUCUAAUGUGAUUCUAUUAAGUCAUGAUACAGAGAAAAGUGUGUUAUCUUUGCUAAGAGGUUUAAGAAGAUGAAGUCCACUUAUAUUAUAUGGGAAUGCCAGUUUUAGAGUUAUUUGAAUGUGUCCUUAUGAAAGCCAGUAAACAGUAUAUUGUAUGUUCUGUAACUUGAAUGACUUUUAAUAACUUACUUGUUUGCAACACAUAGUUGACAUGACUGGUAUUGAAUGUUUUUAUGGUAUUCUUUGUAUCUGUCAGGACUGAACUUCCUCUUUAGAGAUUUAUAUUUUCAUAAAUGUUGUACUUACAUUUUGUUACAGAGUUGUUUAUCUGGGAGUAUUAUGGAAAAACAUGUCUGAAGCAAUAUGGAUUAGUGUGUAUGCAUCGUUUGUAUGGAACACUUUAAUGUAAUAAAACAGUUCUCUUUUGCCUCGAAA